AUGGCUUCAAAGUUUCAGUACGAUGCAUCCUGGGCAGAAAACCGAGCCCUCGUAGCUGGCACUGUUAUAUUGUGCACGGCUCUCUCUUGGGUGAUCUAUUGUCUAUUACUCUCGCCUCUACGCCGCUAUCCUGGCCCGCUUCUUGCGAGGAUAUCACCCUUGUGGAUAGUCCUGCAAUGCCGCCGAGGCCGAAGAUCGCAGGCCGUCAGUGACUUGCACCAGAGAUACGGAGACUUUGUGCGGAUUUCGCCCAACCACAUCUCCAUCGCGGAUGCAACGGCCGUGCAACAGAUCUACGGCCACAAGACGGGUUUCCUGAAGGGCCCGUUCUAUGAAGCCUUUCACCAGGUCGAGCCUGUUCUUUUCAACACUAGGGACCCAAAGAUCCAUCAACGGAAAAAGAAGAUUAUGAGCCCGGCGUUUUCAGCAAGAGGGCUGCAGGACUUUGAGCCGCACAUGAGCAGGGAUAUUCGGAAGCUGAUUAACCUGAUAAACGAUCGACUACAGGCAUCUGGGGACACGAUCAGUCUAGACUUUAAUGAAUACUCCAAUUUCCUCGCCUUUGACGCGAUAGGCGAAUUUGCAUUCGGGGAAUCCUUUGGCUUCCUGGAUCGAGGAGAGGACUACCUGAAUCUCAUCGACGCCGUCGAUGCCCGCGGCGAAGCCCUCAAUGCGCUAGGCCACCUACCACGCGCCGUUAGGGAGUUCAUCAAGAAAUUCCCCCUGGACCCGUUCUGGUCGCAGGGAAUGCGAGGCACGCAAGCUCUCGCCGCAAUUGGGACAAAAGCGUACUUCAAGCGGCGGGACCAGGCCACCGGCACUUCGCGCAAGGACCUCCUCAGCCUGCUCUUCAACGCCAAGGACCCGGACAUGGGCAACGCACUGGAGGAGAAGGAGAUUAUCGCCGAGUCGAUCUCGUUCAUUGUUGGGGGCAGCGACACGACUAGCACGAGCAUGACCAACGUCGUGGAUAUUGUGUCUCGGGACGAGGCGAUACAGCGCCGGCUGCAGGAGGAGCUGGAUGCAGCCUUUCCGGGGCAAAUGGCGGCGGACUGGGUUCCGGACUUCAAGACAAUUGAGAACCUCCCCGUGCUCAACGCCGUUGUCCGAGAGACAAUGCGGUUCCGGCCCACGAGCGCGACGGGACUUGAGCGGGUCACGCCGAAGGGGGGGAAGCUGGUGGCAGGGAGGUUUCUCCCAGAGGGAACACUUGUCAGCGUCCCGACUCUCAGUGUCCACCAUAAUUCCCGUGAAUUUCAUGAUGCCGACACUUUCAACUACGAGCGAUGGCUUGCGGAGGACUCCGCAAAGCUACUCGAGUCGUUUGUGCCAUUCUCCGUGGGCCCUCGUGCCUGUAUCGGCCGAAAUUUUGCGUGGAUGGAGAUGUUCAAGACCCUGGCUGCGCUAUUCAAGCUCUUCCACAUCGCACGAGUCCCACUCGGUGACACACACCUUCGCGAGGGGUUCUUCGUAAAGACCAAGGAGUGCCAUGUUACUCUGCAUUGGCGGUAGAAUCGAUGUUAGAAACUCCUUGAGAUGUAUCCUAGCAUAGUACACAGCAUAUGCAAGACAGAGAAAC